UCAACAGCAACCCGAAAGGGGCAGCUGAGGCGACUACUGGCGGAGUCACCGCCGGUGGCGAGCAUGUUGUGGGGCUCCUCUUGUCUCUUGGGAGUGUGUCCAUGGCCCUGCGUAAAGCUGUGGAUGCGGGGAGCCCAGAUUCUAUUCAAAGGUGCAUCAGUGCUGUCAUCGAUAGUGCGGCUGAUGUGGAGAUGCGCAAUGAUCUUAUACGUGUAUGCAAAGAAGCCGACCUGACUCAGCUGGAGGUCUGGUGGCUCUCUCGUGUGAUCGUUGGCGACAGAUGGAGGUGGGAGUAG